GAUUUUAUAAUCUCAGUGGUUUUGACAAUAUUAUGGUUAAUUUCUGCGUCUGCCUGGGCCCAGGGUGUGACAGACGUAAAGGAAUAUACAGACCCUGUCGACAGCAAUAUGUUUGGGAAUGACAAAAUCAUCGCUGUUUGUGGCCCGGUUGGCGCAUGUGAAAAUGUACAACUCGGCAACUUUGCUGGCCUCAAUGUAUCGUUGAUUUUUGGCUUCCUGAAUUUUGGUGUAUGGGUAGGAAAUCUAUGGUUUCUGUUUAAGGAAACCCCCUGGUUUAAAGGAUCUUCCGAGCAAGCAGAACCUGAAACCCCUUAUGCACCCUCGUCUAUGCCCCCUAAUUCCAAUAUCUAA